AUGGCCAUCACUGAACUCAUUUUCCCCCAGAUCAAGACUGACCCAGAUUCGCUCAGAGAAAUCGAGCAAGACUGGCCGAUAAUCAGCAAAAGAUUGACCCACCCUAACCCCGGCUUGCUUAAUGCCUAUCGCGGCUUUCUCCUCACCGAGAAUGGGGUAGAUGUGAGAAACGCUCACAGAGAGUUUCUUCUAUUCGAGUGGGAUAAAGCGGAAGAUUUCCAGGCCUUCAUUAAGUCCGACCAAUUUGGCAACUUUGCUGCUUCAAUCAAGCAUCUGGUGAAUGGGCCGCCGACGCUACAACUCUUCGAAACCAACAUCAGCCCGAGAGAGGCAGCUUCGGCCUCAGUUGUUGAGAUCAUUCGGUUGAGUAUCUCUAACCCUGAGAACGCCGAGACAUCAACACAAGCAUGGGCACGGAUCUCUCGCUUUCUUAGUGGGAAGAAAGCUUCCGUCACGUAUGGCACAAGCUCCAAUCUUGAGAACGAGGUUGUUGGCGGUAUCAUAGGAUGGCAUAGCCCAGAGACUCGAUCCCAGGUUAUCCAAGAGGCCGAGUAUAUAGAAGCGUUCAACUCGCUCCAGUCCCUGGGAGACGUCAACCAAAUUACCGUUGAUGUUGCUGCAAUGGAACUACCAUCCCUUUGA